CCCACCAACUGACAGCCAGUCGAAUUCAAUUUACUAAUUCAGGCAGAAGAGCUCACUCCGAUGAAUGCAACGGUAAUUCUCUCUGAUAAAAUAUCGAUCAUGAUUCGAUCGAUUGAAGCUAGCAUGCACUAGACAAGGACUUUCUCUCCCCUGUCAACCAGUGUAGAGGAAGUCUUGCCACUAGGCCUGCAGUAUACAUAACAAUAUACUCUAUAAUUAUGGGGUGAUUAUGCAGCAGAGGACGAUGCAGCAGCGGAAAGCUACUGAGGGGACGAUUACCCCCGGGAGAAAACGAGUCGGGGGAUACGUACUUGGAGACACAAUUGGUGAAGGGUCAUUUGCAAAAGUUCGUGUCGGCACGCAUAUUAUGACACAUGAGAAGGUUGCUAUAAAAAUCAUCGAUAAGAAAUUGAUUGCGAAACGUGACUACGUGCGAAAGAACUUGCGUCGAGAAGCCGCCAUGUUGCAGAAACUCAACCAUGUAAACAUCGCACAACUAUACGAAGUAUUGGAAACGCAGAAUAACUACUACCUUGUUAUGGAACUUGCUGAGGGUGGGGAAUUUAUGCGGUAUCUCUGCGAUCGUAGGAAACUGUCAGAGCGAGAAACAAGGAAAUAUAUGAGGCAAUUGGUUUCGGCUGUUGAAUAUAUGCAUAAAGCUGAAUUAGUUCAUAGGGAUAUUAAAAUUGAGAAUUUCUUAUUGGAUGAAGAUAACAACUUGAAAGUCAUUGAUUUUGGACUCAGCAACGUCUUGGGAUCCGACGGAUUUCUUAGAACCCAGUGUGGAUCCCCGGCAUACGCAGCACCUGAAAUUUUUUGUAGCACAAGUUAUGGUCCAGCAGUAGACGUAUGGAGUAUAGGUGUUAAUAUGUACGCAAUGUUAACAGGCGAGCUCCCAUUCACAGUCGACUCUCCUACCAAUAUGACCAAGUUACACGCUAAAAUAAUUAAAGGUUGCAACAUUCCGGAAUAUCUCACCAAAGAUUGUAAGGAUCUUCUGAGUCGAUUACUAAAAGCCGAUGAAGCAGUUCGAAUUAAACUGGGAGACGUGAUGAAACACACUUGGAUAAAUCGCGGAUACUCCCACCGCUUGAGGUCGUGCUGCUAUCCCAAUAAACUUACUGAAGACCAUCUAAACAAGAAUGUCGUAAGCUACAUUGCAGAGCUGGAUUUUACCAAGAAGGAAGUUACUGAAAAUGUUAUAGAAAAUAAUCCAACUCCUGAUCAUGCUAUGUACCAUCUCUUGGUGAAAAGACUAGCUAACGGAUGGGGCUAUCCAGAGAAACCUGCCACGCAUAUGCAAUAUGUCGACUCCUUCAUUAGUAGCAAUACCUCGGGCCCGAUUCUACAACUUACAAAUAAUUCCAGACAUAAGAUCUUUACGAGACGAAGUAGUGGCUCGGUGAAAACGAAAGUAGAUGAUAAAAAUGAAAUAAAUAAAAAGUCGAAUGAGAUCAAACGCAAUGCUAUUGGCCCUAUUUGUGACAACAAACAAAUCUCAGCCAAAUUAACCAAGAAUUAUGAUAGGACUUCCGACGACCAAAAAGAGACACCGACAGGACAAAGUGUAGAAGACAUGACCAAAUUUUUAAAGAAAAUUGAUCUCAACAAUAACAAAAACGAAAAUAAUAAUGAUUCAAAAGUAAGUAAAAGGGUUAAAGAGAUGGCUAUUGAUAAGCCAAAGCCAAUUAUUAGUACAACAUGCCAAUCGAAAUCGACAGAUCGGACUUCAGGAGCUCAACCAAGACAUAUAACUGACACUGAUCGAUAUGGUGAGUCAGUGAGAUUAUCAGAAUCUUUCUCAGAAAAUUUGUCACAUUCUUGUGCAACACGACAGUGUCUCUGUCGUACAGUUCCAUAUUUUCAACGAACAACAUUUAAACCCUCUAGAUUGCAGCGGUCGGCGUCCCAUGCUUCCAGUGUACCUCUGUCAUCCAACAACGAAGAUCAAAACUGUUUUGUCAAUAGUAAAUUAGCACAUAAAAAGUACGGAAUGAUGCCAGAAGGUGUUUCUUUAAGAUACAGGACGAGAGCUAAGACUUUUACCGCAGCAGAAUCGUCCCUUACAUUUCCGAAGGAGGGUAGACUGCGCCGGUCAAAAACUGAGCCCGUCAUAUUAUACAACUUUGGGAGGAAUCAGGAAUCGCCACAACUUUCAGAUUUACACAGGAAAUCUGCUUAUCCUGUUCAAAAACACAGUAGUUUGUACCAGAAGCCUUCCAAUACUAUUUCUGGUGCCAUGUUUGGUUUUCCAACUAGACUUAGAUCAUCAGCAUCGGACCGUUUGGCGCGCCUUGACACCAAUGGAUUGUUUUUUGGUACACCAAAACAGAAUUCUCGGGUUUGCUUGAAUCCAUGUAACACAUUGAUGCAUCAGAGAGGGAAUCCGAAAGAAGAGGCUCACCGAAUGCCGUGUGUUCUACCUAGUAUACAAUAAGUACCCGAGGCUACUGAGACAAUUUUGGAGAUCACUAAACAGGGUUACCAUAUAUGAGAACAAACGAUAUAACGUUAUAUAUUUAUGCGAUAUUGGUCCUAAAUAACAAUCAGUCGAUAGUGUAAGGUGCAAUAUAAACAUAAAUAAAACUAUACAAUCAAAAUAA